AUGCUCGCCGCCCAAUCUGCACCGUCCGCCGGGCCUUCUUCGACUAUCGCGUCCUCGCAGUCGGUGACGUUUAACACGCCGUCCACUCCCGCGCCGGGCCACCGGACGCAAGGUAUACGGCGUGUUGUGCAAGAAGAUGAGGGAGUCGAAGACAACAGCCCAGAGGAAGAUGCGGUGGACGAGCUUUACUGCCAAAUGAAGACGAACGUUGUAGGGAUCCAGUACUACGACGGUUUGGUUGGUCCUGGUGAACAGGUCCGCUUGGUCCGUGAGCCUUCGAACAAAUACGAUAGAAAUGCCAUCAAGGUGUGCAACAUCGCGGGAGCCCAGAUCGGGCACCUGCCCCGGCAGGUUGCCGCCAAACUUGCGCCGCUCAUGGACCGGAAUCUGGUCACCGUCGACGGCAUCAUGUACGACGGAAACCUGUCCGGCGGUCAACAAUGGUCGCUCUCCAUGUCCCUUAAGUUUUACGCGCCAGGGAACAAGCGCGCACAGAUCGAGCCGCUCCUGAUUUGGGCUACACCCGGCCAGCGUGGUUUCGCUCGCCCCCAGACCGGGCCUAACGUCGUGCACCAAGUACCCGGUGCGUCCCAGGCGCCCGGCACGUCCGGCUACGGAGGCUCUGGCGGCUCGACAGCGUACUCCCCGCCGUCGGCGACGCAGCAACGCGGCUUGACUGCAGCACAACGCGCCGCGCUUGAGGCACAGCAGGCCGCUCGGCGAGCAGCUUGGGAGCAGCAGCAGGAAGCGUUGCGCAAGGCGCAGGAGCUGCGGAGCAUGCUCAGCUCGCUCGAGCGCGUUGACGAUGAGGGGAGGCGGAGUAGCUUGCUGGACACGUUGUGUGGUCAGGAAGUGGAGGAUGUGCUCGGGCUGCCAGAGCACCCCGGUCCGCCCGGGAAGGCGAGUGGGCAAUUGCGGGUCGAUUUAUUGAAGCAUCAGAGUCAAGCGCUUCAGUGGUGCAUAACGAAGGAGUAUCCGACGCUGCCCAAGAAAGAGGCGGAUAAGCCCGUGCAGUUCUGGCAAUACAAGAAGGGCACACAGAAGCCUUUCUAUUUCAAUCUCGCGACAAAGACACCGCAAGUGGAUGCCCCACUAUUGGGAAGAGGCGGCCUAAAUGCUGACUCGAUGGGACUGGGCAAGACACUCACGAUGAUUGCGCUGAUCAUGGCAACACAAGGCGACAUUGUCCCGGAAUGGUCAAGGUCGACGUUGAUCGUCGUGCCGUUAUCUAUUCUCAGUAAUUGGGAAACGCAGCUCAAGGAUCACGUUGUGCCUGGUGCUCUUACUCACUGCGUUUAUUACGGCUCAAGCCGAAAUAUGACUGCGAAAGAGUUGCAGAAGUAUGAUGUUGUCAUCACGACAUAUCAGACCGUCACCGGCGAACAUCCCGAACCCAAGAAAGACGGCGAACCAGUCAAGAAGAAGAAGAAGGUCACCGCAGCUAAGGGCGCCCUUUUUGACGUGCAAUGGAAGAGAGUUAUCCUGGACGAAGGACACCAAAUCCGUAAUCCGAAGACGAAGAUGGCCCGGGCCGUGUGCGCGCUCGCUGCCCAGCGGCGCUGGGUAUUGACAGGGACGCCCAUUAUCAACUCUCCAAGGGAUCUUGGUUCAAUUUUAACCUUCCUGCGCGUUUGCGCUCCCCUCGACAACGAGGACAUGUUCAAGCGCCUUAUUAUCAGGCCCCUUAAAGAUGGCGAUCCUUCUGGUGCUGAACUGCUUCGCGCCGUGAUGUCAUCGAUUUGCAUUCACCGGACCAAAGAAAUGAAGGACAAAAAUGGUAAUCACUUGGUGCCCUUGCCACCGGUUGAGAUGACCGUCAUUCCCGUCACCCUCAGCCCCGACGCCAGGGCCCUCUACGACGAGAUUGAGUCACUAUCGAGCAAACGCCUGGACAGCUUUAUGGACGAGCAGGGUCGCAUUAGCGGCGCGCAAGCGCAGAGCAACGUGCUCAGCAUGCUCACACGCCUGCGCCAGUUGGUUCUUCAUCCUGGCUUGAUACCGCGGGACUACCUAGAGAACCUCCGAUACUCGGCGGAACACGGCGGGCGGGAUGCGCCGGUGGCGAACAUGAAUCUCACGGCGCAGGACCGGACCCGGCUGCAGUCCAUGUUGGCGCAGAUGAUCGAGGACAACGAGGAGUGUCCGAUUUGUAUGGGAAUUCUGAACGAUCCGAGGAUUACGGGUUGCGGCCACCCUUUCUGCCUCGCAUGUAUCACCGAGGUACUUGCCCGCGAUCCGAAGUGCCCUAUGGAUCGCCGGCCUCUCGGGAUGGGAGACCUCAUUGAACCCCCGCCACCCACAGAGCUCACGCAAGCGCCUGUUCGUGUAGAUGAUGACGACGAAGAUGAUACAGCUGCCGGCUUGCGUGCGGGACCUUCGGACAAGAUUAACCAGCUUAUACAUUUGCUCCAGCUGACGCCGAGUACCGAGAAAUCGCUAGUUUUCUCGCAGUUCACGUCCUUCCUUGAUAAGAUCGGCGAGGCACUCGACGAACAAGGGAUACCUUAUGUUCGGUUCGACGGACAGAUGUCUGCCAGACGCAGGAAGGAGACACUAGAGCAAUUCUGCGUACCCAUGGAAGAGGAGGAUGUACCCCAAGUUGCACCGCCAACUCGGAGCCAAUCGGGCAGCCGACGCUUGCGCAGGCGGAGCUCCUCCGUGAUCGACGCCAUCUUCGCCGACGAUGAUCUCAAUCGCGACGACUCGGAUUUCGCUUUGAGCGGCACCGAUGAUGACGGCUUCCUGAGCGAUGAUGAGCCGAAGAAUAAGAAGGCAAUGGGCAAGUCCAAAGCCAGGGCACGUACUGAGGACGAUAUCCGCGUGGCAAACCCCAAGGUCAUGUUAAUUUCCCUGAAGGCUGGCGCUCUCGGCCUCAACCUGACUGUAGCAAACAAUGUGUAUCUAUGGUGGCAGGAAGGAAUCGAGAGUCAAGCUAUUGACAGAUGCAACCGCAUCGGCCAGAAGAAACCGGUUCAUGUAUACCAGCUGAUAGCUGAAAAUACUGUCGAAUCCAAGGUUCUCGAGAUCCAGGACCGCAAGAAGCUUCUCAUCAAGGAGGCCUUCUCCGGUAUCAAAGGGAACGAAACACAGCGGCAGAAGAAGGAGGCACGGCUACAAGAUAUCAUUGAAAUCUUCGGAGCACGUCGGCGCGGCCCUAAUCAGCAGACUUGA